AUGCAACACUUUAAUUCAAUAGCAAAUAUUGCGGAAGAAAGAAAGAACAGUGCUGGCCAUAGGGAGGCACUCCCACAUCCCCACGAGGAAACACCAGCCAGCUCACACCCUGCCUCUCUCUGUAUGUGCAGCGCACCAGUCGUUACGGAGCUGAGUACCACAACCAGAACCACCACCACCUCCGCCGCUGCCGCCACCUCUGCCAGCGCACUUCGCCAGACACCUGCUGCUGCGCAGCCCACGACUACUCAACCUGAUAAGGCCACUGUCUCUCAAAUGCGCAAACCAAUGCCAGCAAUAAUUCAUGCAAUGUCAUCCACAGAAAAUUUAGUGGCAGGUAGAAUGUAUUGGAAUGAUCUAGCAGAGGUCACACAUACACACAUUUAUGAGACCAUUUUUGGUUCUCGUCAGGAAUGA